AUGACCGAAAUGAAAAAGGGUCGAAAAGUUCCUCAAAGAAUAUUCAUUAAGACCUUAACAGGAAAGACAACAUCUAUACAGAUUGACCGUAGAUGCACUAUUUGGGAUUUAAAGCAUGCCAUUCAGGACAAAGGAGGUAUUGCACCUGAUCAACAAAGACUUGUAUACAAGGGACAACAAUUAACAGAUGAUUGCACUUUGGAUGAUUAUGGUAUUACAGAUGAGGAUACACUUCACAUGAUACUGAGACUUCGAGGAGGGGGGUGUAAUCCAGAACAAUGGAUAGAAAUAGGAUCAGAAAAAUAUGGUGAUAUUAUGAUGAAUUUAGUGGAUCUACAGCAGUUUGAUGGACCAUGGAAGUAUUCAGAUGAUUUAGUAAAGUUCUUAGGAACAAAUGAAGAAAAUUUAAAGAAAUUUGAUAGUUUCAAAAGUUACAAGUUGGAUGUUUGGUGCACAGCCUAUGUAAUAGUGUUCCUGCAGAAUUACCUUGAGAAACAUGCUGAUGAAUUGAAGUUUAUUGUUAACAAAGCUAUGAGUUGGUUAGAGUCACAGAACUUGUCAGGGCAGGGUGUGAUCAAAUUAUUAAAUGAUAUCAGGGAUCAAAAUAUGCCUAUUAUGUAUUGAUAUACACACAGUCUUCAUGGUUGAAGUAACACUAUAAUUAACCUACUUAUAUGUGCAUGUAAAUAUCAUAUAAUGUCACAUAUUGAUAAUGGUAGAUAUUUUGUGUUUGUGAUCUGUGUGACAACAUUUAUCAUAGUUUAACAUCAUUUAAUAUUUUGCCUGAUACCAAUUAAUAUUAUGCAUCUGCAAUUAUUCUUUAUUUAUGACAAUGUGUCACUAGUAUCAGUUUGUGAAUUACAGCCAAUAUGUCUGAUAGAUUAUAGAUGAUACCAUAUCAGUUCAUCACUAGUAUAACUGAGAGUGUCCCUCAAGUAUACGAACAGGGAUGUUUUUUGAAAUUUUUAAUGAUAUUCAUAUUGUUUUUGUUUUAUUUUGAAAAAAAGUGCAAGGAGAAAUCAUUUCAAUGUGUGAAUCAGUUUUUAGGUCUCGUGGCCCAAAGGCAUUUUUGUUUUACUCUGAAAACUAUUACAAAAAUUAAAUUAUCUGAAACUACUGGGUCAAAGGACAAGGGCUGAUAAGGGCUAUAUUUGGCUCAAACUCAAUAUUUCAUUUAAUUUGUCAUGUUGAUACUGUAGACCAUAGACCAUCUUGAAAUGGUGGCAUUUCGGGUCUAUCUUGCGUAUUGUGUUGCCUAGCAAUCAGUUUAAAGUGGUUUAAAAAGUUUAUAUAACUCAAAUAUCCUAAAAUACAACUUAAAUCUAUAAAUCUUAAUUAAGCAAGCCUGAAUUUAUACAUAUGAAAAAAAACAACAGUUUGAAUUUAAUUUAGGUAUUUUUGCCUCUAAUCAUAUGCUUAUGUUGAAAGCUAACCAUUAACCAUUAGGAGAGCCGUGGUGUAGUGGUUAGUGCAUCGGACUACUAACACAAAGGUUCCUGGUUCGAUUCCCGUUUAGGAUGAAAAUUCAGAGACUCAAUUUUCGGCUCUCCCUUGACAUUAUCUGCGAGUAUGGUCUUGAGGAAACGGUGAUAGUCCGUCGGAAGGGGACGAUAAAUGGCUGGCCCGUGUAAAGAGAGAGCCAUAUCUCUUGCACGUUAAAGACACCCUUGUAGAUUUCGAAAAAGAGUAGGCUAAUGCCGCUACAAGGCAGCACUCGCACACGCAAAGUGGAAAGGGAUUAAUAUAAGUUGCAAAACUUGUUUCCCAAUCCACUAUAAAUAAAUAUGUUUAAACUAAAGCUAAAUUGAUGAGUCUUUUGUAGACAAAACGCGCGACUGGCAUAUGUACAAAAUUUAUUCCUGGUAUCUAUGAUGAGUUUAUUUGGAACUUUAACAUAACUUUUCAUAAACCGCAUAAAAUAAACCUCCCUCUGUACCUCUAAAUUGAGCAAGCCUGAAUUCAUACCUCACAUGAAGUGAUGCCCCCUCUAAAACUGAACAUUAACCAUUCCUGAAUACAUAAACCACAUGAAGAUAAGUGACCACUGAACCUUGACAUUAAC